AUGGCUACCCCCAGUGUCCUCGCUUUUGACGCUGAGGGUCGGGCCAUUGACUUUGAGGUCUGGGUAGAUGACCUCCAGCUGUUCUUACAGUGCGAUAGGGCAGACGGCCUCUCCCUCUUUGACCUUACCUCUGGCGCUUCCCCUGCCCCUGCUGCUGAUGCUGACCCUACUGUUCGCUCCCAGUGGGCUACGCGCGGUGCUGCUGCACGUCUUGCUGUGCGUCGCCACCUCCCUACCUAUGAGCUCACCCGCCUCCCCGACUCCCUUCGUGUAGUCCGGCACCACUUCCUCGCGGUCUGUCCCACCACUCUCACAGUCGACAGCCUAGAGAAGGCCCUCCUAGCGGCGGAGAAGAGCAUCGUCGCUGUAGGAGCCUCUCGAGGUGACCCCCGCGCCCCCAUCUUUGAGGGGUGUUCUCCUUCCCCUCUCUUGCCCUCUGUCGCCUCUGCCGCUGCGACCGACCUCGUUGGUCUUGAGUCGGUCGGUGCGGCGUCUGCCCCUAGCGGGAGACGUCGCCCUGGCAAGGGCAAGGGGGGCAAGGGAGCGGGUGGGGCUAGCGGGGGCGGUGGCGGUGGAGGUGGAGGUGGCGGAGGGAGUGGGGGUGGCGGUGGAGGAGGUGGCGGGGGUGGGGGUGCUAGUGGCAGCAGUGGUGGCGGAGGCGGCGUCGGCGGCGGCGGUACCGGCGGGGGUGGCGGCGGUGGCGGAGGUGGAGGAGGUGGAGGAGGAGGUGGUGGAGGUGGUCGGAGUGGCACUUCACAGCGGAGCGCCACUGGGGGUGGUCAGCGCCAGCAGCAGCAGCAGCAGCAGCAACAGCGUUCUCGUGACGUCCCCACCCCUCAGCAGCUCCGUGAGUGGUACACGCAGCGUCAGCGUGGUGGGGGACUUGGUACCUGCACCUACGUCCUUCGCACCGGCGACCGCGCGGGUGAGCAGUGUGGGGGUGCCCACCCCACCCAGCGCUGUUUUGGCCGCCUGACGGACGCUUGGCGUCAGCAGUUUCCGGAGGCCACGGAGAUCCCCCGCUGGGGAGAGCUGUCUAGGGCUGGCGUGGCUAUCUUUGAUCUUGACUUUGAUGCUAUCCUUGCUGCCAUGUAUGCUGUGACUAUUAGUGAUGAGGGUGACUGUUACCGGUGUUUCCCGCCCGACCCGGGCAUUGGUACUGCUGCGCUAGGUGCUUGUGAGGCUACUGCUCUAGGUGCCAGUGCGUCUGCGCUCUCAGGUGCUAGUGAGGCUGCGCUCUCAGGUACUAGUGAGGCUGCGCUCUCAGGUACUGCGUCGGCUUCGGCCUCCCUCACCUUCACACUUGACUCAGGGGCUUCUCGCUCCUUCUUUCGGGACCGCACCACAGUCACGCCGCUUGGUCGGCCGGUUGCAGUGUCCCUGGCUGACCCCUCUGGGGGUCCUGUCCUCGCUCACUUCUCCACUGUCCUCCCGUGUCCGGCUGCCCCCUCGGGCACCCUGUCGGGUCUGUACCUCCCCUCGUUCUCGACGAACUCGGUGAGUGGUGCUGACCUGCAGGAUGCGGGGGUUCACCAGUUUACUCCUGCGAGUCAGCGGGAAACCCAUUGCUCGGACGCCCGCACAGGCCGACACCUAGCCACGUUUUCGCGUCGACCCGGGUCGAGUCUCUACACCCUGACCAUUGAGUCUCCUCCAGUCCCUGCGUCUGGCCAGGUAGCUGCGUCGGGUCAGGUGUUUGCUGCUGCGUCCAGGUCUGGUCCUGAGUCUGCCCCCUGCUCGUGUCGCCUCCUGUCUCACGAGACUCUCUUGUGCCACCACCGUCUUGGCCACCCCUCCUUACCUCGUCUUCGGGGCAUGGCUUCCUGUGUCCUUGUCUCUGGUCUCCCCCGGUCUCUCCCUCCCCUUCCUUCGGGGCCAGGACCUUCCUGUGUCCCCUGUGUCGAGGGGCGGCUCCGGGCUGCCCCUCACUCCUCCCAGUUUCCCCCGACAGAGGCUCCUCUGCAGACGCUUCACAUGGACGUGUGGGGCCCGGCCCGCGUCCGUGGACAGGGUCACGAGCGCUACUUCCUGCUGGUGGUUGACGACUACUCGCGUUACACCACAGUCUUCCCCUUGCCCAGCAAGGGUGAUGUCACUGAGGCGGAGAGUUCUCCUCUGGCCUUCUGCGAGCUUACUGUCGUGCACGAGGCAUCCGCCAGACCUUUCACGCUUCCGGACUCUCCACAGCAAAAUGGGAUUGCUGAGUGCCGCAUUGGCAUGGUCAUGGACGUCGCUCGUACGUCCAUGAUGCAUGCGGCUGCCCCCCAAGUUCUGUGGCCGUUUGUGGUUCGGUACGCGGCGCAUCAGCUCAACCUUCACCCCAGGGUCUCCCGGCCGGAGACCUCCCCAGCUCUGCUGUGGACGGGGAAGGUCGGCGAUGCGUCUGCGUUCCGUGUCUGGGGAUCUCGGGCGUUUGUCCGCGACCUGUCUGCGGACAAGCUUUCCCCUCGUGCUGCUCCCUGUGUCUUCCUAGGCUUCCCCCCUGACGCCCCAGGGUGGCAGUUCUACCACCCCUCCUCUCGUCGUGUUCUGUCCUCCCAGGACGUCACGUUCGCCGAGUCCGUACCCUUCUACCGCCUCUUCCCCUACCGCACUCCUUCCCUCCCGCCGCCGCCGCACUUCCUUGUGCCAGGUCCCCCCCCGGUAGACCCCCUUCCCCCUCAGGGUCCUGCCCCUUCAGGUGUGUCCCAGGUCGAUGCAGUCGAGCCGGUCGAGGUUGCUGGUGACUCAGGUACUGCUGGGGGUGCAGAGCCUGGGGGUGGUGAGCCUGGGGGUGCUGACUCUGGGGGUGCUGAGUCUGGGGGUGCUGAGCCUGGGGGUGCGGAGCCUGGGGGUGCUGCCUCUGGGGGUGCUGAGCCUGGGGGUGCUGCAUCUGGAGCUGCUGAGCCUGGAGGUGUGGAGCCUGCGGCCACUGGACCUCCCCUUGUGGCGGUAGGCGGUACUGGGCCUGGAGGUUCUCCGGGUGUUUCGUCUCGGCGGGAGCCACUCUCUCCACAGGAGCUGCGUGAGUGUGGUGGUCGUGCUGCGGGUGCUGCUGGUGCUGCUGGAGGUCCUGCCGCUGGAGGUGCUGUUGGCGCUGGUGCUGCCGGAGGUGCUGAGGGUGCUGGUGCUGUCCCUGCUGUCUCUGGUGCCGCCGCGCGGCCUCGGGCGUACUUCGUUCCGCUCCUGCAGCAGGUUCUUGGUCUUCCUCCUCUCUUAGAGGGUCCACCGCCUGUCCAGUCGCAGUCACAGUUACCGCCGGCCUCCCCACUGCCUUCUCCCUCUCCUUACACUGGUCCUACUGGAGGUCUUGCUGAGCGUCGUGAGCCUGCGUCUCGUCCUGUGUUGCCUGUUCGUGCUGCUCGCACUAGUGGUCGCAGUUCAAGUCAGCGUCCUCCUCCUGUCCCUGGCACGCACCGGAUGUCUCUGCGUCCGUCCACUGCUCCUCUGCGUGCCCCUUUGCCCUCUCCUCCUGAGUCCUCUCUUCCUGCGCUUGCCGACCCUGAGUCAAACUCUCUUCGUGCUGCCAGUCCUACUGUCACGCGUCUCCUUGCUACUGUCGUCACUGACCCCUCCUUUGAGUCCACUGCUGCGUCUGCUCUUGUUGCCGAGCUCGUCGACUUUGCUGCUCGCUGUCGUCUAGACUACGCUGCUAGUCUUGUUGCUGAGUCUGCGUCUGUCUGUCAUCCGUCCGUCGGGGGUGAGUGUGCUCUUGGCACGGACGUCCUUGAGGACAGGCAGGAGGAGUUUCAGUGUCUGGCUGCUGCUUCACCUCAUCUCGCGUCUGUACUGCUUGCCCCUGAGGGAGACGCGGAUGCACUAGACAUCCCGACUCCGCGCUCUUACGCGGAGGCCGUAGAGGGUCCCUACUCCUCUCAGUGGCAGGCAGCUAUGGAUGCAGAGAUGGCUUCCUGGAAGUCCACAGGCACCUACGUUGACGCGGUUCCCCCUCCUGGGGCGAACAUCGUCAGUGGGAUGUGGAUCUUCAGGGUGAAGCAGCCGCCGGGCUCUCCACCUGUCUUCAAGGCGCGGUACGUGGCUCGUGGCUUCAGUCAGCGGCAGGGAGUUGACUACUUUCAGACCUUCUCUCCCACCCCGAAGAUGACUACUCUUCGGGUGCUGCUGCACAUAGCCGCUCAGCGCGACUACGAGCUUCACUCUCUCGACUUCAGCACUGCGUUCUUGCAGGGUAGCCAUCACGAGGAGAUCUGGCUUCGCCGUCCACCUGGCUUCACUGGCCACUCCUCUGUCUACUCGCCACUCGCUCUCAGCUCUGCCUUCGGAUGA